GUCAACUUCAACUGACAGCUGCUCAGCAGUGAGUGGAGAAGACGGUGUGCAACUUGCGGCGUCGAUCUGAGCACUGUUGAAAAAAAAAAAAAUAAAUAAAAAAUGGAGUGGACCGCGAUGGAGAUCAACCCCGAGAUGCUGAACAAGGUGGGUAGCAAACGUCAGCGAGCGCGUGGUAAUGGCGGCGUGUCGGUAACGGCGCCGCUCACGUGUCGAUGAUGACCAGGCUGGGCGUGGGUGGUCGCUGGCGCUUCGCUGACGUGCUGGGACUCGACGCCGACCAGCUGACCGCCGUCCCCAAACCGUGCUGUGCCCUGAUGCUCCUCUUCCCGCUGACACAACAGCUCGAGUCUUUCAGACAGCAGCAGGCGGAUAAGGCUGCAGCAGAAUCUGCUGUUUAUUUCGUGAAGCAGACUGCGUCCAAUUCAUGUGGCACCAUCGCCCUGCUGCAUACAGUGGCCAAUAACAAGAGCAAAAUGACUUUUGAUGAAGACUCUAUCUUGAAGAAAUUUCUAGAUGAGACUGAAAACAUGUCUGCUGAUGACCGUGCCAAACAUCUGGAAAACAACAAGGCAAUCCAUGAGGUCCACAAUGAGAUUGCAGCACAGGGCCAGUGCAGGCCUGAAGCUGACAAAGUUAACUUUCACUUUAUUGCCUUUGCUGAUGUAAAUGGAGAACUUUAUGAAUUUGAUGGAAAAAUGAAUGGCCCUGUGAACCAUGGAGCCACCAAAGAUGAUUCCUUUAUUUUGGACGCAGCCAAAGUGUGCCGUGGAUUUGUGGAAAGGGCACAAGGCGAGCUCCGCUUCUCUGCAGUUGUUCUUUGUCAGUCAGAAUCUCAGUAAACCAAAACUGGAAGCCAAAGUGUCCUGGAUUUAUAAGGCAAACACAAUCCUUAGACACUCACAAUGACAUGUGAACACAUACAGUAAAUUUGCAGGCACUAUAAAGCACAUUGUUUCCACGUAGUGUAAUCUUGUCUCCUGAACAAAUCAUUCUUUGGCAUUAGUGCACACAUGCACAAAACCUUUUGAUUCAACAGUAACUGAUACAAGCCUUUUUGUGACACCUUUAGCAGUAAAAACUGUACAAGGUCAAAUCUCACUGCCGCUGUGUGCAUGUGUUUGUCUUUGUGUGUAUAUGUCCGUGCAUUUGUAACACACUCAAGAUACUUAAAAUACCUUUUGUGCCAAGUGAAAAGGAAAAGGCAGGAAACCUUCCUCCUUCCUUCAAAUGCCUUUUGUCACUCUGGUUGAUUUAAUAAGUCAUUUAAUGUUCCCCAGAACAGCCCAAAUGUAUCUAUAGGAAUAUUUUGACCAUAGUUUGACACAUGCAUGACACCUUCUCAGUUCUGACUUUUUUUUUUUUUUUUGAGAAAUUGCAUUAUCUUUAUUUACUGUUAUAAAAUGAAUGUGACAUGACUACUGUUAGUAUUUAGAAACUGCUACAGUUGAAUCGUUUUUGCACUUUGAAAAUGUUUGCAUAAAUCCCCAAAUACAUGGUUACUGUGCCACUGGAACUGGGAUGCAGAAGGGGCCCCUCCAGGUUAAGUGCUACUGUACAUUGGCUUCCUGUGCAGUGUGACUAGUUAGCUUGUGGUGAAAUACUUUACCAGUUUGCACUUUCUAAUAUGUUGCUGUAGUUCUGUGGGUUAAGCAGCUGUGAGAAUUCAAUAAAACAACCAUUACACCAA